CCGCUGAUGCAAAGGCAGGUUGGGGCGGCCGAGCCCGGCCAGCGCCCUCUAGGCAGCGGAAGUGGAGCUUGCUUUACAUCCGUCCUCCCCGCCUCUCAGAGUUGGGAGAAGGAAGGCUGGGGGGUGUGGAAAAAUAAAAGGAAAAGUCCUUGCACCAUGUAGAUCCUGCGGCUCCCUACCCUGGCACCCCGGCCGGCCGGGGACCUCCCAGUCUGCGGCCAUGAACGCAAGCAGCGAGGGCGAGAGCUUCCCGGGCUCGGUGCAAAUUCCAGGUGGCACAACAGUGCUGGUUGAGCUGACUCCCGACAUCCACAUCUGCGGCAUCUGCAAGCAGCAGUUUAACAACCUGGACGCCUUUGUAGCUCACAAGCAGAGCGGCUGCCAGCUGACCGGCACGACUGGGGCGGCGCCCAGCACAGUACAGUUUGUAUCAGAGGAAACGGUGCCUGCCACCCAGACUCAGACCACCACACGGACCAUCACCUCUGAGACCCAGACGAUCACAGUUUCAGCUCCAGAAUUUGUUUUUGAACAUGGCUAUCAAACAUAUCUGCCCACGGAAAGCAAUGAAAACCAGACAGCCACUGUCAUCUCUCUCCCUGCCAAGUCACGAGCCAAAAAGCCCACAGCCCCAACUGCUCAGAAGAGGCUUAACUGUUGCUAUCCAGGUUGCCAAUUCAAGACUGCCUAUGGCAUGAAGGACAUGGAGCGUCAUUUAAAAAUCCACACGGGAGACAAACCCCACAAGUGUGAAGUCUGCAGCAAGUGCUUCAGCCGGAAGGAUAAGCUGAAGACCCACAUGCGGUGCCACACGGGCGUGAAGCCCUACAAGUGCAAGACGUGUGACUACGCUGCCGCGGACAGCAGCAGCCUCAACAAGCACCUGCGGAUACAUUCCGACGAGCGGCCCUUCAAAUGCCAGAUCUGCCCCUACGCCAGCCGCAACUCCAGCCAGCUCACCGUGCACCUCCGGUCCCACACAGCUUCAGAACUAGAUAAUGAUGUUCCAAAACCAACUUGUCCCUCCACUGACAGCAGUGAUACCCAGAAAGCCCCUGUCACAGCUCUUCCCUCUGAGUCAAAGGAGCAAACAGCGACCCUUGGGGAGAGGACCUUCAACUGCUGCUAUCCAGGUUGCCACUUCAAAACUGUUCACGGCAUGAAAGAUUUGGACCGCCAUCUAAGAAUCCACACUGGAGACAAACCCCACAAGUGUGAGUUCUGUGACAAGUGCUUCAGCCGGAAGGACAACCUGGCCAUGCACAUGCGGUGCCACACCAGCGUGAAGCCCCACAAAUGUCACCUGUGUGACUACGCUGCCGUGGACAGCAGCAGCCUCAAGAAGCACCUGCGGAUACAUUCCGACGAGCGGCCGUACAAGUGCCAGCUCUGCCCCUACGCCAGCCGCAACUCCAGCCAGCUCACCGUGCACCUCCGGUCCCACACAGGGGACACCCCCUUCCAGUGCUGGCUCUGUAGCGCCAAGUUCAAAAUCAGCUCGGACUUGAAAAGGCACAUGAUUGUGCACUCGGGGGAGAAGCCUUUCAAGUGCGAGUUCUGCGACGUCCGCUGCACCAUGAAGGCGAACCUCAAGUCGCACAUCCGCAUCAAGCACACCUUCAAGUGCCUGCACUGCGCCUUCCAGGGCCGGGACCGGGCCGACCUCCUGGAGCACAGCCGGCUCCACCAGGCCGACCACCCCGAGAAGUGCCCCGAGUGCAGCUACUCCUGUUCCAGCGCCGCCGCCCUGCGCGUGCACAGCCGGGUCCACUGCAAGGACCGCCCCUUCAAGUGCGACUUCUGCAGCUUCGACACCAAGCGGCCCAGCAGCCUGGCCAAGCACAUCGACAAGGUGCACAGGGACGAGGCCAAAACAGAGAACCGGGCCCCGCCGGGCCGGGAAGGGCCCCGAGAGAGCAGUGGCCAGCACGUGGCCCAGAUAGUGACCCAGCGGGCCUUCCGCUGCGAGACCUGCGGCGCCUCCUUUGUCAGGGGCGACUCUCUGCGGUGCCACAAGAAGCAGCACAGUGACCACGGUGAGAACAAGACCUCGGGCUUGGUCACCUUCCCGCCCGAGAGCAGUGCCUCGGGGCAGCUGGGCACGCUGGUCUCCGUGGGGCAGCUCGAGACGUCCCUGGAGCCCAGCCAGUGCCUCUAGUUCCACCAGAGAGGGUGGGCAGCCGUCCGGAAUGCCAGACACGUGCCCCUGCCCAGCCCUCUGCACUCAGGCCGUCGAGCCAGACUUGAGUCACCAGCCGUGGGGACACCUCUAGCUUAAUAGGCCCACAGAGGCCGUGGCCCCAGUCACCGUGGCCUGAGGGCAGGCAGGCGCCAAGGCAACGCUGUGGAGACCCUCCCCCAUCCGUGUCCCUGUCUUCCCUCCAAGAAUUGUCUAAGCAGGUUGUCUCGGUUCCAAGGUGGGGGGCGUCCAUCGAGCACUGCUUCCUCCAAUAGGGAUAGUUUCUUUGCGAUGGAUUCCAGUUCUAAAACCGAUCCAUCUCCGAUGGAAUUAUGAAACUAAUUAGACCACGUGGAAAAACUAAUAAUACACUCAUCUGUAGAGCGGGAAAGGUGAAGGUGAUGGCGGGGUACCUGGAGGGUCUGGGGUGGCCAGAAAAGUUCUAUUUCUUAACCUGGGUGGUGGUUUAUGAGUAUU